CCCUCCAGAACAUGUAUGGCUGCGACCUGGGACCCGAUGGGAGCCUCCUCCGCGGGUAUGAGCAAUACGCCUACGAUGGCGCCGACUACAUCGCCCUGAACGAGGACAUGACCUCCUGGACCGUGGCCGACAUGGCGGCUCAGAUCUCCAAGCGCAAGUGGGAGGCGGAGGGUUGGGCAGAGCGUUUGAGGAGCUACCUGGAGGGAACCUGCAUGCAGUGGCUCCGCAUUUACCUGGAAAAAGGGAAGGAGACCCUGCUGCGCUCAGACCCUCCAAAGGCACACGUGACCCACCACCCAGUCUCUGCCCGUGAGGUCACCCUGAGGUGCUGGGCGCUGGGCUUCUACCCUGCGGACAUCACCCUGACCUGGCAGCGUGACGGGGAGGACCAGACCCAGGACAUGGAGCUGGUGGAGACCAGGCCUGCGGGGGACGGCACCUUCCAGAAGUGGGCGGCCGUGGGGGUGCCCCCUGGAGAGGAGCAGAGAUACACGUGCCACGUGCAGCAUGAGGGGCUGCCCGAGCCCCUGACCCUGAGAUGGGAGCCACAUUCUCACACCUUCAUCUUCAUCAUCAUGGGCAUCGCUGGGGGCCUGGUUCAGCUGGGAGCCGUGGCUGGAGCUGUGAUGUGGGGGAGGAGGCACUCAGGUGGGCAGGGGUGGUGUCUGAGUGUCUGUCCCACUGGGGUUCAAGCCCAGGUAGACGUGAGUCCCGCCUCCUUCACAGGAAGCACCAUCCCCAUGCGUGUGAUGGCCAGUGUGAGGCUCUGUGCUCACACUUACUCUGUAGUGAG